GUAACCCGAGUUAGGUUAAUAAAUAAAAUGGACAACAUAACAUUUGGUACACAAAGGUUGGUGCACUUGGACUUAAAGGGAGCUCCUCCAAAGAUAUCCUACUUUGAAAAGCUAUUCCCGUUCAUAAAGGAAAUAGGAGCGACUGGCAUCUUAUUGGAAUGGGAGGACACAUUUCCAUACACAAGGGAUCUGCUGCAAAUUGGUGGACUGUCAAACAGUGCACAAGUGCAUGGAGCUCCAUAUUCUCUAGAAGAAGCUCGCCAAUUAAUUUAUUUAGCGGCUGAUUGCGGUUUGACAAUAAUACCCCUAGUACAAACGUUCGGGCACAUGGAGUUCGUGUUGAAGCAUGACCAGUGGCGCGCUUUGAGGGAGGUGGAUGCCUAUCCCAGUUCCAUGUGCCCGAGCAACAGUGAGACCAUGCCCCUGGUCAGGAGUCUGAUCAAGCAAAUCGUUGCAUUCCAUCCGAAUAUACAGUACUUACACAUAGGAGGAGACGAGAUCUGGCACAUGGGUUUGUGUACCUCAUGUCAGAAGAGAAUACAGACUGGAAAAUAUGGACGAUCAGGUUUAUAUUUAGAUCACGUGACUGAAGUUGCUCAAUACAUUAAGGACAACUAUCCACAUUUGAAAAUCAUCAUAUGGGACGACAUGUUACGUAACAUAGAUACUCAAGUCUUGCAAGAUUAUUACUUGGGUAACUUGGUGGAACCAAUGGUGUGGCAUUACAAUUCAACGGACAAUUUCCAAUUGGGCGGCGCGUUGUGGGAAAAAUAUGGGAAUGUGUUCACGAAUGUGUGGGGCGCUACGGCGUUCAAAGGUGCCACAAGCAGCGCUCAAGUCAUACCCAUUACCAAGUUCCACGUUAGCAAUCACGAGGCAUGGCUUAACGAACUUGGAGUACAUGCUGGGAAAAUUAUUAACUUUAGAGGAAUCGCGCUUACUGGAUGGUCGCGGUUUGACCAUUAUGCCACAAUAUGCGAGCUUUUACCAUGUGCGAUACCAUCACUGGCAGUUUGCUUAAAAACUUGGCUUUGCGGAGGUUUCACAUCGGAAUUAAAUAAUUCCGUUAGAAAAAUGCUGGGAUAUACUGACAGCUUCUUAAAUAACGAUGUGCCAAUACGACCCCCAUUGCUACCCCAACUGAACUUCCCCGGAUGGCAAAUCUUCGUAGGUUUUGAGUGGUUUGUUAAUCUAAGAACGAGGUACAAAAACAUCAUAGAAAGUGACCAAAUGAAUACAUGGUUCAACUCGUGGCAGAUUGCCAAUAAUUAUACCAAUCCCAUGCAGAUUGACACAAUCUGUCCUGUGAUAAAUGAAGUAUUAAUAGAAGUAACGUCAUUGGAAAAUUAUUUGAAAACAAACUUGGAAAUUAUCUAUUAUAAUCACACAAUAGAUGAACUACUGGGUACCUUAAUUAAUCCCAUGAAACAGAAUCUGAAGCAAAUUAAAUCUGACUGUGAGACACAAUUAUCGUUAGGUUGUAGAGUUAGAGGAAAGAAACUUAACUUGUAAUUUUUUGUCAAACUGAAAAUUAAUCGUGUUAUUUAACAGCAAGUGUAUGUUUAUGAACUGGUAUAGGUAUUAUGGUUGUUGUAACUGGAAUUAAUUUUAAUAAUUUUAAGUUGUUUAAUGUUGAUCUAUUACUGAACAGUAUAAUAGAUUUGUACAAAUAUUAACAAUUGUAUUUAUUGUGCUUUGCAGACAUAAGAAUAUUGUAAUUGUACCUGGUCUAUGAUUUUAUUUGAUGGAUUUAUCUCAUUUUGUCUCAUAUUUGACGACAGAUUUAGCUAAUGUGCACAAUCUAACCAAAUUACAGAACGGUAUUUAUUUUGUGAUAUUUUAUUCCAUUAAAUAACAAAUAUUUUAUUGCAUGAUAUUGACUUUAGUUAUCGUUCUGAUUCUUGUGAUAAAUGCUAAUAAAACAUAUUUUAUUAAAUUGUAAUAUAUUUAUAAACGUGUUAUACAAUUA